GUUUCUGCCACUGCGGCGUUAGUGAUUCUCUUUCUCCUUUCCUUUUUGUAUGAUUACACGUCGUUGCUGAAGAAAAUCCGUAAAGAUGGGUCGUAUGCAUUCACAUGGAAAGGGUAUAUCCCAAUCUGCGCUUCCAUAUCGACGAAGUGUGCCAACUUGGUUGAAGUUGACGCCCGAAGAUUGUAAAGAACUUAUUUACAAACUUGCAAAAAAAGGACACACGCCAUCUCAAAUUGGUGUCAUACUUCGUGACUCUCAUGGAGUGGCACAAGUAAGAUUCCGCACGGGGAAUAAAAUCUUGCGCAUUGUAAAGAGCAUGGGUCUGGCCCCGGAUUUACCCGAAGAUCUAUAUUAUUUGAUUAAAAAAGCUGUGGCUGUUCGCAAACACCUGGAACGAAACCGUAAGGACAAGGACAGCAAAUUUCGACUGAUUCUCGUAGAAUCGAGGAUCCAUAGGCUAGCCCGAUAUUACAAAACAAAAGGAUCCCUGCCACCGAACUGGAAAUACGAGAGCUCGACAGCUAGUGCUCUUGUAGCCUAACCCGUUUAACUGUAUUUACAUAUGCUGCAAUAAAUUUGUGAGACUA